AGAUUGGUAUGGGAAAAGUAGUAUGAUGGAAGAUCAAGACUUUGAAGAAGAAGAUGUAUGGGGUGGUGGUGUAAUCAAGGAAAAACAAGUCAACAAGGAGUCACAUAAUGAUAAUAAGAUGAAGAAGAAUAAGAAUAAGAAGUCAUCAAGUUGUCUGUGGAUGACAUCAUCAUCAUCCUGUGAUGAAGCUGCAGGUGGUGCAAGAAUGAUACCAAAGUGUAAUGAUGAGGGAAGGGUAGUGCCACAUCAGUCAUCAGCUCCAAUGGGCAUCCCAGACUGGUCAAAGAUUUACAAAUUAGGUCCAAUAAGUGAUGAUGAUGGGGGGGAUGAUGAGAUGAUGGUGCCACCACAUGAAUACAUUGCAAGAAGGCAAGCAGCAGCAAGGAGCCACAUAGCUGCUUCUUCCUCUAUGUGUGAAGGUGUUGGAAGGACCCUCAAAGGAAGAGACCUUAGCAAAUUACGGAAUGCCAUUUUGACCAAAACUGGUUUCUUAGAAGAAAAAUAACUAAUUUACUCCUCAUCGAUCAAUAUUGCCCAUCCCCCAU